AUGUCAGCCAAACCUGCUUCCUCCACCUCUUACGGGACUACCACAAACGUGGGUUCUCCCCACAUUCCUUCGGUUCCCGAGGAACCAAAACCUACCUCAAUUUCCGUGACUACAACAGAUUCGAGCCCUACCUCCGCGUCUACAACUGUCAGUGGAACAGAUGCUAGUGCCGGCCAAACCAGUCCUCAGGAAACGGGAAAUAACGCAAAUAACCGAAUUGAGCCCGGUGCUGUUGCUGGAAUAGCCAUUGGGUGCCUCUUUGCUGGUAUAUUUGUUGGUAUUUGCUUCGCAUGGCUCCUUCAGCGCUUUACUAAGAGCCGUCCGAGGCAUCGCAGGGCAAUCCGUGUCGUCCGCGCCCCUAAGAACCCAGAUACUGACAGCCCAGGGAGUAUGGAGUCGUCAGACAAUAAAAUCAAGGUGGAAAAUUUCAUCUUGCAAGCAACACCUGACAGAGAGGUUGUUGGCUUGCUGCAGCGGCUAGAAGUUAUCAUGGAGCAGCACAUCGAGAACUAUUACCACAUUAAACCGAUAGAUAUCGGUGUAUCAGUUCUGGCUGAGCAACUCACGAAUCUGGGCAUCAGCCAGGAUUCCUCGGGUUUCGAAGCUGAGGCUGUCGCUAAGUGGUGUCUGCAUCCUGCUUCUCGUCGAUUGGCCCUUCAGCAUGUUGUCUCGCAUGUUCUUUUCAACAGCAUUGACUGCAACUCUCGGAACGGCAUAUCAUUGCUACCAGGACCUGCAAUCAAUUUCCUCCGGUCUAUUCGCUCAAUCGAUAAGUCCCGAGAAGACUUUAAUGUUAUGUCAGUCGUCUUGACAAAGUGGCGUACCCUGUCCGCCCUGCUGCUUCACCCCAACCCCAGCGAGAGAACGCCCCUCGAGGUGUCUGAGCGUGCAGUGAGACAUCAGGCAGAGGAGCUUGUUAAGGAACUGGAUCCAUUUCUCCACUGUUUCGUUACGCCUGAUCAAGAUAACUUGCAGAAACAGCGCCACCACAUGCAUUCCAUCAUCGUUGAGGCAGCUAAACUCGGCUAUGCAUUGCUUUCUCACACUAGCGACUGGCGGUUCAUUUACAAAGACAUAAGUACACCAAGGGCUGUCGUUCUCUGCAUCGGCUUGCAGAAGCUGAGCCAUCGGGAUGGGCGUCGACUCUCGUCACCCCAGCUGGUUGUGGAGCCACGUCUGGCAACUCCUACAAAACUCUUGACAACCUCAACACUAUUCCCCGAAGUACACACGCCUGCUGCUAUGGCAGAGAUUCUUCCAGCUGUGGGAGCCGUAGCUGGAGCUCUUCGCGUGACAUAUCAACUGAUCACCCUCGCCAUCGAGAGUGGCCAAGUCAAUGACGAAGUGCGCCGGAGCCUUGAGCUGGUCCGCACCUGCGAGCGAGACCUUCAGCACCUUGUCGGGUUGCGCGAGGAAUAUCUGGAUAUCCUGGAGCGAAAACCCAUAGAGCUUGAUCGCGUUAACACCAUCAUCAGGGCCGCACACCAAGGGCUCGCCGAAGUAUGCAAGAUUGUAGAGAAGUGCAGGCCAGAGGCAAACCAGGGCAGGAUACCCUUCAAGCGCCGGUCGCGGUGGAUUUUCCUUGACUCUACAGAUUUCUACACACAGAUCCCUGUGGUCAGUGGCCACCAUCGCGCGGUGCUGAAUGAGAUAUCCUUUCUGCGGCAGAUCGCUCUCCAGGCUCCAGUUCCAGUGCCAGACCAAGUGCAAGGCGAGAAGGUCGGAUUGUCGCGAAAGAAGUCUGUUGGUAUCGACAAUAUUGCUCUCCUGAGCAACAUCAUGGGCGGCAAAGCUGGUUAG